AUGGAAAAGUCGUGCGCCUCAUGGGGUUGCUACAGCCAGGCAGAUACGUGCGACCUGUACAGAGACUGCAGGGAUGGGACGGACGAGCAGAACUGUGGAGGGCAAUGUCCCCAUCAGAUCUGCACUAGUGGACGGUGUGCGCUGAGGCACUGGUUCAACGACGGGGAGGUGGACUGUCCCGUCUUCUCUACAGGGAAGGCAGAGGAUGAGAAUACAGAUGCAAUCCUCAGUGACUGUAUAUUCAGCUGCAAAUCCAGUGGCUGUAUCUCUUUGGCUAUGAUCGGAGAUGGCCACGAGGACUGCAAGGGGCCGGAGGGGGCGCUCGACGAGCUGCUGGGACGGCUGGAAGGCACAGUGUGCACACUCACCUACACAUUAAGGAACGUGACCCCGGGGUCAGUGAACGCCACCUCGGGGUCAAUGAACGCCACCUCCUGGGCGCCCCGCUGUGUGCUCUACAGAGAUGGCUACGGUGACGUCAUAGGAUGUCGGGACGGCAGCCAUCUUGAGGACUGCGAAGAGUUCAUGUGUCCUGAGGGCUACGUGAAGUGUCCCCGCUCCUACUGCGUCCCCUUACAUUACCUACUGGACGGCCGGGUGGACUGUGCGCUGGGGGAGGACGAGGGUGUGCAAGACUUGAGAGCACGGUCUAACCUGGCCUGUAUGUCCACUGGUGGGUCACCUGUGUUCCUGCACCCGAGCCUGGUCUGUGACGGUGUGAGGCAGUGUCCACUCGGUGACGACGAGUGGGACUGUUUCGUCUGGUGUGCCCCGGGUCUGGUGUGUAUGGGCGGGGCUGUUGUUGUUGCCCAGGGAAACACACAGCUUGCACUCCAAAACCCGAGCAACCUUUUCGAUCAACGCACCAAGUACGUGGACCUCUCCCACCAGCUCCUGACGAGUGAUUUUUUCAGUAAGGUGGACGGCAAGCUGGAGCAUGUCUUGUUUCUGCGACUGUCAAACUGUGGUCUAACUAGCUUGCAGACACUCAUCUUCGGCAAAAUGUCCACCUAUUCUAACUUUUACGGCGUUGAGAGGCAGAUGGUCAACCUCCGGUUCCUCAAUCUGUCACACAACCGAGGCCUGGUCGUGACUCGUGUCGACUUCCAGAAGUGUGCCGGACACGUGCAGACGUUGGACCUGUCCUACACCCGGGUCGCAACCUGAUGGGACAGCCCAUUCUGAAAGCUCUACUGUGGAUUGUAGGAGUUGCUGCGUUGCUAGGCAACUUCAUUGUUGUCAUCUACAGAAUUGUCUACGACAGAAGGGUGUUGGUGAAAUCCUACGGCAUGUUUAUUCUGAAUCUAAGUAAGUGCAGUGCAGAAAACAACGUACUAUAG